AAUUUCCUGUGUGUGUGUGUUUUCAUGUGUUGUGUCUCAGGGGGACUCUCUAGUUGGCCUGGACCAUGAGCAAUGAGUCUACCGUCUGGAACAUCCUACCAGAAAACUCCACAGAGAUCCCAUUUGAGGCAGAGGAGCAGCAGGAUGGCUAUGUGCUCCUCCUGGUGAUCCUCUCCAUCUUACUGGUAGGAACGCUGAUCUUCAUCUCCGUCUUCCUCAUCGCCUGCCGUCGAGGAGGGAAAUUCUGUGCCAGGGCCAGCGAUGACCCCAAGAAAACCAACACCACCUACAUGGAGGAGUCUCAGCCCACCCAUGAAAUCACCAUCAGGGUGGAUGAGUCGGAGUGCCUGUCAAUGGCCAGCUCUCACGACCAAGAGACGGAGCGCUUCCUCUCCACGGGCACCACGGGCCGGCGCGUCUCUUUCAAUGAGGCUGCGCUGUUCGAUCACGGCAAGAAGGCCCAGGAGAAGGGCCGCAGGUACACUCUGACCGAGGGCGACUUUCACCACCUGAAGAACGCCCGGCUCACACACCUCCACAUCCCUCCCCCGGCCCUCAAGAUAGUCACCAUCCACGAGUGCGACUCGGCUGAGAACAGCAUCACCAUGACGACGCGCCCCGUCGCUAAGUCAGCACUUUCCAUCUUCCAGCCGAUGUUGUGCCCCCUACCACAAACAGCGUUGACCAGCCUGAGUGUCAAUCCAAGCUGUGCCCUCCCUGGAGACGCUCUCAACUCUGUGGUGGACACCAGCUUCAGUGAGAACAUGAUUGCUCUCAGCACCAAGGAGCCGAGCUCUAUCGAGAUGAUGGCAGCGGGGCCCCGGGGCAGAGGCAGCAGCGUCAGCGUCGGAGAAGGGGCAGCGGUGGGGAGCGGUGCCCCCGCUGCUGGCGGUGGUGCAGGAAGCCAGGGGCCCGUGCUGCAUUUCUUCACUAAACUGCGGCGUCAUGCUAGUCUGGAGGGGGCCAGUCCCUACUUCAAGAUCAAGAAAUGGAAGCUGGACAGCAGCCAGAGAGCCUCGAGUCUGGACACCAGAGGCUCGCCAAAGAGGAGGCAGUUCCAGCGCCAGCGAGCCGCCAGCGAGAGCAUGGACCAGGACGACAACGACGCGCACCACAUAGACCUCAUCCAGUACAUUGCCCGCACCCAGGACGUUACCUACCGUCCCAGCCAGCCCACCACACGCCUCCUCUCACCUCCUUCCACACCACCCCCCUCCCUCGGCAGGGUAGAGGUAGAGGUGAUGGUGGAGCCCAGCUGCAGCCACGGAGGACCAGGGGUGAUUGGCCUAUCCCCUGAUCCCCAAGACGAAGCACUGUCCCUGGCAAGAAGGGAAGGUGCAGACCCUUUGGACCCCCUAGAUCCCCAGGACCCUCAGUCCCUUUACAAAGACAUCUGGUCCCUUCGUGCGACACUGGAACAGUAUGCAGCCUCUGACCAGAGCAGCAACAAUGACAGGAACUCCGUCUGCAGCGAUGCUGACAGUGUGUGUUCGCUGGGCGGGCGCACAGAAACAGAAAGAGGAGGGCUGCCCAGCUACCCAUCCCAGGAUUUAGGGGAUGAGGCAGAGGGUGGAGAUGAUGACAAGGACAUUUUGAUGUAUAUGGAUGAGAAGUUGGGGCUGAAGGAUGGAAAAAAGAGGAAACAGGAAAGCACAGAAUCAGAGCGAGGGGGCAGCGAUGGAGAAACAGGGACUCGUAAAUUGCUGCAGAUGGACAGCGGCUAUGCAUCCAUAGAGGCUCCAUGUCGUGGUCCAGAAGACCUGCGACUGUUUGGAAGCAUCAGUAGCAGCCCUAAGGACAGAACGGCCCACGAGAAAAGGCACCACUUUACCAACGCAGGACGAUCUGGCACUAUCGGUGAGAGUUUUGAGUCUCAUCUCUUUGAGGAGGAGCCGGAGGAUGACUUGUUGUUGGGUGCCAGCGGAGGAGUUUCCAUAGAAACAGGUGCUGGUUCACUGAGCUGGUUCCCGUAUGGUCAGAUGCUCACACCUCGAGAGGCUGCACAGCCUUCGCCUCAGCUGCCGACACUGCACCGGCGGGACUACAGCAUAGAUGAGAAGACGGACGCCCUCUUCCAUGAGUUUCUCCGCCACGACCCUCAGUUUGACCAGCAGGAGUCACCGUUAAGGAAGCACCGGUCCCGAAUCCACCUCCGCAAGCAGUGGCAGCGCCACAAGCAGUGGAGCGACCCUGGCGUCAGACACUUCCAGUCCUCUUUUGACAGACAGCGGACCCCUCUACGUAGGGGUGAGAGUGUGAACUACCCACUGGACACAAGUUACCACAGCACGCUCCCCCGCAUUGUCAGUGCUCCUGAUGAGGAGACCAGCGACGGGACCGGCAGCACUCCCGACACCCCAAAGAUAGAGCCUACGACCACUGAGAAUGUGAGCAAGGACAUGGAACAGGGUGUCACUGUCAGAGACACUGAGGACCACACCCCCUCUUCCCCAACACCUCUUCAUCCCUCCGUCUCAGAGAAAGAUGGAGGGUUGACCGAGCACCACGACCCUCAGGAGGACAGCAAACAACCUGGACUCCCACCCGAGCCCCCGGACGAGCGCUCGCCCCCUCAGCUGCCCGACUCCUCAGGCUACGGCCCGCAGACCAUCACUGCAGAGCUCACAGACAAACUGACUGCUAACCUGGAUGAAAGGCUGUACAUGGGCCUUCGCAGAACCAAGGACACGGCCACCGAGUGUGUGGCGGUGACGGCCACACAUGCCUCUCCAGACCACAGCCCAGUGUAG